CCGCGAGAAGCCCGAGGGGCGCGCGGCGGGGCUGCACCGAGCUGGGCCCGGAAGAGGGCGCGCCCCGCCUUCAGCCCGGGAGGCCGGGGUCCGCCUACCCUGCACCCAGUCCGUCCGGUCCGCCCACCAGCAGCCGGUUGUCGCCCAGAGGCCGCAGUGGCACCGCGGAUCGCGUCCUUCCGUCGUCUCCGUCGCCUGCUCCUGCCGUCCCUCCAUGGCCGCGCGCCUUCUCCACGGGUCCCUGCGCGUCCUGGGCGCUCGCCGUGUGCUGCGCGCGCCGCUUAUCGCGAGAUGUUCUCAUUCCGGAGGGGAAGAACGUCUAGAAUCACCUUCUGCUAAAAAAUUAACAGACAUAGGAAUUAGAAGAAUCUUUUCUUCAGAGCAUGACAUUUUCCGGGAAUCUGUGAGGAAGUUUUUUCAAGAAGAAGUGGUUCCUUAUCAUGCAGAAUGGGAGAAAACUGGAGAAGUGAGUAGAGAGCUUUGGGAAAAAGCUGGAAAACAAGGACUGCUCGGUAUCAACAUUGCAGAGAAGUAUGGUGGUAUUGGUGGUGACUUGCUCUCGACAGCUGUUGUUUGGGAGGAACAAGGAUACUCGAAUUGUUCAGGCCCAGGUUUCAGUCUUCAUUCAGAUAUUGUCAUGCCCUAUAUUGCCAACUAUGGCUCAGAAGAACAGAUUAAGCACUUCAUUCCCCAAAUGACUGCAGGAAAAUGUAUUGGUGCCAUAGCAAUGACAGAGCCUGGGGCUGGCAGUGACUUACAAGGAGUAAGAACAAAUGCCAAAAAGGAUGGAAGUGAUUGGAUUCUCAAUGGAAGUAAGGAUACUGCAGAACUGUUCUUUGAAGAUGUCCGAUUGCCAGCUAGUGCCCUACUUGGAGAGGAGAAUAAAGGCUUCUACUACCUCAUGCAAGAGCUUCCACAGGAAAGGCUAUUAAUUGCUGAUUUGGCAAUCUCUGCCUGUGAAUUCAUGUUUGAAGAAACCAGGAACUAUGUUAAGCAAAGAAAAGCUUUUGGGAAAACAGUUGCACACAUACAGACCGUGCAGCAUAAACUAGCAGAAUUAAAAACACACAUAUGUGUAACCAGAGCUUUUGUGGACAACUGUCUGCAGCUGCAUGAAGCGAAACGUCUGGACUCUGCCUCUGCUUCCAUGGCGAAAUAUUGGGCCUCUGAAUUACAAAACAAUGUAGCUUAUGAAUGUGUACAGCUCCACGGAGGCUGGGGAUACAUGUGGGAGUAUCCAAUUGCAAAAGCUUAUGUGGAUGCCCGAGUUCAGACAAUCUAUGGUGGUACCAAUGAAAUAAUGAAGGAGCUGAUUGCAAGACAGAUCGUCCAUGACAAGUAGACAUCUGCCCACAUCCAGAAUCCUAUUAUAGCUAAUCUGCUUUUAAAUCUACUCAAGUUGAAAACGUAACCUGAAAAGGAGGGAAACGCUAAACAUGAUUUUUAAGUGUGCUCUCUGUUGAGAAAGAAAUAGAAUAUGAAAGAUUAACACAGUGGAAGGAGAAAUCUUUGAAACCAAAGAGUUUAAAAUUCUCCCAUAAAAGGUUUUACUUUUAAUUUUUUAUACAGUAAAAUGUCAAAGAUUUUCUGACUCUAGAUAAUGUUUCAUUAUUCCAAAAAGCAUGAAUUUCUUGAAUCCUUAAAAUUGAGGGAGAAAUGAUUUUAUAU